GGGUUGUCGGUGUCCUCCCGUGCCAAGAGAGUUCCACUUUCACACCGCUCAAACCUCAUGCUCCUAAUGAUUGUGUGACUUCCCGCCAUCUGUACGACUAGAUCAAUACCACGCUAUCGGGCACAGGUGUCGUUUCAAUUAUUGCAUCGAAGUUUCCAAAUCGACCAAAAUAUGUGUGUUUUUUUGUUUUAAUUAAAUUGUGAGUUAAUUCAGUAUCUUCAUGCUCAAAACGAGCGGAUGUGACCAGAGCAUUCAUUUAUUCGGUGUACAGAUUUCGUGUGCAAGAGCUGGGAUUAUUUGUUAGAAAUGAAAUGAUAAACUAGAGAGCAUUGCUUGGUGAGAGAAAAGACAAGUUCAGAACAGCCAAAAGGAUCAAAAUGGAAAUGAGGAAUUACUGAGGAAGAACAGAAACUCUGGUGGAUUACUCAGAAAGAGAGGGAAUUCACCUCCCUCUGAUAACCACAAACCCUCUUUUUUUACUUUGAGACCUCAAGAUCUCAGGGGAUUGAAGCCUCAACGAUCUUGAAGAUUUGGGGUAUUCCAAAGUUUGUUGGAACUUUGCACGAAAACAAGAAAACUUUUCUUUAGUGCUGAAAAAAUCAAAGCCGGACCGACAUGAGUAAUAGAAGGAGAGGAAAGAAGUAGGACAACGUGGCGCUACAUCCACUUACUUGGCUUCAGUAAGUACCUCAAGGAACGGCCUAGUAGCUAGCAUAAUAAUAACAUAUAAGUUUUAUACAUUGCUCGGCCCCAAUUAAAGAUCACUGCCUCUGAGAGCUUUACAAGGCGUACAAGUAGCAACACAUAAACAGUACAUUGUGUUCUGACUAAAGAUCUAGAAACAAUGGCACAAGGGUACCAGGGCACAACACUGCUCCCACUUUUAAUGGCACGCGUGCUAGAAGCCAAAGCGUCAGGCGGAGAUCCAACAGAACCAUCUCACCAUGUGCCAGACACACGUCAUCGCCACCACCACCACAACCCGCGGCCUCACGCCCACAUCGUCAAACCGACACAAGAAGAUGGCAUGACCACCCAUAACUCCUCCUUCUUGAGCAGCAUCACCACCAUCUCCAUCAACAACGUCUCUGACAGCACCACCACCGACAACAACACAGGAGACUACUACGACUAUUACCAGGACGAUGGUCUCACCCCAGAGGCCACGGCUGCGAUUCACUGGAUCUUUAUCAUCCUCUCUGCUGCUGUUCUCGUGGUCGGCCUUAUGGGCAACGCCCUCGUCUGGUUUGCCGUCUGGCGUAACCCACGCAUGCGCAGCGCGACCAACAUCUUCUUGGUGAACCUGGCUGUGGCUGACUUCCUCGUGAUCCUGAUAUGCCUGCCACCCACCAUGACGGAAGACAUCACUGGGAUCUGGUACCUAGGACCGGAGAUGUGCAAGCUCGUCAAGUGUCUGCAGAAAGUCUCUGUGUUUGUGUCAGUGCUGACCCUUACAGCUAUCGCCCUGGAGCGCUGGAUGGCAAUCUGCGAGCCGCUCAUGUUCCGCCAGACGUCAGUUCGCGCCAAAAGGGCGAUCGCCGUCGUCUGGCUACUGUCUCUGUCGUCUGCUGUGCCUGACGCCAUCUCCCUGGACAUCAUUCCGGUGUCUGAAACGGCCCGGAUGUGCGGACCCACGUGGUCAGAGGAGGCAGAGACGUUCCAUUUGUGGGCCAUCUUUGUUAUAUUCUACCUGGUGCCGCUGUGCAUAAUGACCUUCACCUACGUCAAGGUCGCCCUCUGUCUAUGGAGGUCAAACUUUACUGAUGACGAUGACGAUACACUGGGAUCCUGGACUACUUCCCCCCGGAGUCCAUCAAACCCUUGUUUCUCAGCUCCCACUGGCUGUGUUACUUCAACUCCGCCCUCAACCCUACCAUCUACAACUUCAUGAGCUCAAUGCGUCUACGCGAAAUGAGCAAACGUCAUCUUCGGAACGACAAUCGCACUUCCGGCCAUGCCACGAACGACAACUCUUGCACACUCCAAACUCAGACCCUACUGCUCGGCCCUUCUGCCUCCUCCUACUCUCUGCUAAGCGGCCAGCGACAUGAUUCUGACCCGAACCUGUCAAUGGCGCCACCUGCAUGCACUGGCUGCAACAACUCUGGUGGCGGCGCGAGCUGCAGUAGGAACUGUGGCGGAGGCUACAGCGGCUGCAGUAAUGCGAAUGGCGGGCUGUAUCCUAAUGGAGGGCAAGGCAACGACGCAACUUCUCCUGUUCAGGAACGACAGCGCUCGCCAGGGGGCAGCAGAAAGAUGCGCGUAGUGGUGCUGCAGAGGAACCACAAGGCUAUCAGCAGCUGAGAUGAUGGCCGGGUGUUGUUCAUCACAAAGCCGGCAACUGAAAGUAGGCUAAACAUUUUGCUGUUGACCCGUUCCCUGCUUUGAUGUCUCCUUAGCGACCACGUCUAGCUCCCUAACCCCCUUCAUUUGUCAACUCUCUGGCUCUGGCUUCACACUUUAUUUCUUCUACAGACCUCGACCUAGAUUAGCUGAUCCCUCAGCAGAUUCGAGGGAGAAACCCUAUGAGCACCCUUCAUCUGUUUGGAUGUCUC